AUGGACUCGGAGGAGGAAGAGGAUGCUGACUGGUUCUGUGUGCUGCAACCGGUGGCGGUGCGUGCAGCACCGCGCGAGAGCGCUGCCCGGCGUGGUUCGCUGGUGGCUGGCCAGAGGAUACAGGUGCGGCCUGGACGAAAGCUGGAUGCAGAUGGCAAGUCUUGGAUCAGGCUCACGCUGCUGGAGCUCUGGAGAUCUUGCCGAGCCACUUCCAGAACUGCUCGGGGCUUCGUGCCUUUGGCAGAUCAAGGCUUUCCGGUUCUUCGGGGUCCCCUGACGACCGGCGAGUGCCCUCUUGACUCGGAGCAGUUGGUCGGCUUCCUGCGCUGGUGGCCGUUAGACCCGCUGCCGCCCAUGCAACCUGCCACGUUUGGUGGUUCGUGGCUUUGCCACUGGGAGACAGCUCCGGGGCAUGACAACAUCAAGGCAAGAUGGCUCUCACCUGGCGAGCUUCAGUUGGUCGGCCCAGCAGGGACGAAGGCAGGCGAGGUGUGCGGCUGGUUGGAGGAAGAUAUCGGCUUUGGGGCCGACUUCUCUGUGGUCUUGAUCCAGGACCUGCCUGGCCUCGGCCGCUGCUCGCCCAUCACCGCACCAGCAGUCAUGCACGGCGUCUCACAGCCGUUCUGUGCCAUCUCGCAACGGCGGCCUCGCUUGUGCCUGGCAAGAGAGGGCCCGCUGCGCGAUCUCCUGGGCUGGGCGCCGGAGGGCGCUCGACCUGCAUGCUGUGCCUUCGAUGAAGAGAGCCAGGUCUCUGAGCAAGUGCUCGCGAACUUCGAGGCCCUGAGCCAGCUGAUGGAGGCCGUUUGCCUUCCAGAGCACUUGGCUCCGGGCGUGGUCUUCACCGUGACCCCUGGCGAGCUUCCACUACCGGAGGUUGUCUCCGAGGCGUUUGGGCUCAAUGCCGCAGAGAGGCAGAAGUGCCGGCUGCUCGCUUGCAACACGCCUUCGUUUGACUGGGCAGACCAGGACACGAUCGGGCACAGAUGCAGCGUGCUGAGCGAGAAGGCAGGAGCUGCGCUUCGAGCGCCUCCUGGAUCUGCAAGGCGCCGAGCGGAUGCCGGGGCGCUGCUUGCUGGCUUUGGGGCCCUCUACACCUUUGAGGUAGAGAUCGCCCGAGUUGGCUGUCCAGUCCUGUAUUGUGCUCGCAGCGAAGCUCUUGGGAAGCCAGUGCUUGGCAUUGCUGCGGUGCGACGCAACCGUCGACCCCGUGACCCUGACCCAGACGAACCACCGCCCCUGGCGCCGGGGCUGGCUGUCUCUUUGCUGCGAGGCUUCGGAGGAGACUCAUCCGUGAUCUCAGCAAGCCGCAGCUGGACGGUCCGGGAGCUCAAAGAAGUGAUCAAGAGAGACAGCGGGAUCGCGGAACAUCAGCAGAGGCUGGUCCUUGCCUCCUCGCAAGAUGCCGUGGAGGAUCACCAAGUGCUUGGAGACUUGUCGCCCGAGGCUGAGCUUACGCUGCAGCUGCUCUGCUUGGAGCCGCGCUGGGCAGCUGCACGCCAGUGUCUGGACGAGGAGCCAGAGGCAUGGGAGGACUUGGAGGAGGAUCUCCAGCGCGACCGUGACUUGAUGUUGCUGACCGUCUCGCAGCGCCCAGCUUUGCUGCGCGGGAGUGGCUUCACAGGAGACGCAGAAGUGGUUCUGGCGGCCGCUAAGAAGGAUCCAGCUAUGUUGGAUGCGGCUGACCAUCAUCUAUGGCUUGACGACUCUUUCGCAGAAGCUGCCUCUGUCCAUGGAGCUGCCGCUCUGAGAAGUGCUCGGGCAGCACUGCUUGCACUGUCCGGCGAGGACAGCGAGCCAGGCCCGGGCGGCCCAGUCGCGCAGCAGCUUGCGGCAAAGCACCGUGAGCUGGCGAAAGCAGCGCUCCGCAAGGACGGCCGAGCCCUGGAAGCCUUGGACACUCUCCGGGCAGACUCCGAGCUGGUUCAUAUCGCCCUGGAGAAUGAUGCCAGAGCACUACAGUUCGCAGCAGAGGACUUGCGAGAUGAUGCUGAGUUAGUCCUUGCAGCAGUGCGCCGGCGUGGCCAGGUGCUGCGCUGGGCCUCCGAAAGGCUGCGAGGGGAGAGGCAUGUCGUGCUGACUGCCAUUGAUCAGGACCCACGCGCCGUGAUGUUCGCCUCAGAGGAGCUAGCUCGGGACAAAGAGGUACUGCUGGCGGCCAUGUCCAAAGACCCCAGCCUUGCCGUCCACUUGGCCAAUGUCGCCAGAGGGAUCGCCUGA